AUGUGCUCUCCUGCCAGUUCCAAAAUCCUCUACAGGAACCCACGGUUCCUCCGGGUAGUUUUCCUGCAGCUUCACCACCAGCAGCAGAGCGGUGUGUUUUGUGAUGCCCUUCUGCAGGCAGAGGGUGAGGCUGUCCCAGCCCACUGCUGUAUCCUGUCGGCCUGUAGUCCCUUCUUCACGGAGCGUCUGGAGCGGGAGAGGCCAGUUCAGGGUCGGAAGGUGGUACUGGAGCUGGGAGGCCUAAAAAUCAGGACCCUUAGGAAGCUGGUAGAUUUCCUAUAUACUUCAGAGAUGGAAGUGUCUCAGGAAGAAGCCCAGGAUGUGCUCUCUGCUGCCCGUCAGCUCCGAGUGUCUGAGCUGGAAACCCUGCAGCUAGAAGGUGGAAAGUUAGUAAAGGCUCCACAGGGCCGAAGACUAAACAGAGAGUGCCUACAACCACCAAGUACUGCACCAAUCUCUGCUAGAGUGGUGGCACCCAGCCGCCGCCCUCGAACCCCACUGACUGUCACCCAGACUCCUAGUCCUCUUGGGACAGUGAGGUUGAAGUCCUUAGGGGAAGAAGAGGGGCCUCACAAAAAGAGUGACCUACCAAAUGCAGAUAGCUCAGACACUCUUCUACUCAAGAAGAAAGCCAGGGCUUGCCUGACUCAAGAAAGAAGCUCAUCUCCAUCAAGCCAGAGAGAAGGGCCUAAGGAAAACAAGAACAACCCUGCCCUAGGUCCUACAGCACUUUCCCCUCCCAGCUUGUACCCUUCUGUGGAUGAGCAACUACUGCCCAGAAAGAUCAGGCUGAGUCGUUCAAAACCUUCACCCCAUGUCUAUACAUCUAAGCCUUCCAGCAUUUUAAGGGGUCCCAGCUCGGUGCCUACAGCCCCUGGCCGGCGUCUUUGGAGACAGAGAAGUGUAAGUAAAGCAGCACAGGGUGUGGAUAAGCAGAAGCCAGGGGAAGUCAGUCCUCUACAGAGCACUCCAGACCUGCCUGAAGUUGGGAAGACAGGUGGGAGCAAGAAGCAGAGCCCUGAAUUCAGAGCACUCACCUCCAACUCCGUAGAGGAGGGCCAGGUUGGAAGAGUAAAACUUAGAAAGAUUGUCAAUGGUACUUGCUGGGAAGUGGUACAGGAGCCUCCCCUCAGAAACACUAGAGAUAGCCCCCAGAUCCUAGAACCCUCAGAUGUAGAAGAUCCUCCAGGAGCUCUGCUAUCCUCAGUUAGUGAGCAGGAAACACCUGCCAGGAUACAACUGAGUCAGGACUCCCCAGAGAGCCCUAGGCUGCAAGACGUUCACCUCUCAGCUAUCCACUCACCAGACCACCCUGUGGUGAAGUCAGAGUUUGGGUCCAGUCCAAUGCUAAUAGGGAAAGAACCUGUGUUGAAUAUUGACUGCAGACAGCCCUACACAUUCGGCACAGCUCAGCUUGGCCAGCCCUGUGAAGCUGAGCAGUACCGAAUCACAAGUGCUGCAGCCACCAGUGAGCUAGAAGAGAUUCUGGACUUCAUGCUGUGUGGCUCAGACGCUGAGCCACCAGUAGGCUCUUUGGAAAGUCCGGGGACUGAAGGCUGCAGAACUCCAAGUUAUCACCUGUCAGAAACAGGAAAAAAUUGGAUUGAAGGAGAAGAAUGGUGUUUGCCAGAUAUGGAACUCUGGCCCAGAGACCUCACAGGAUUGGAAAAGGAACCUGUUGGUGAGAAGAAAGAGCCAGUUGAGCCCUUUAGUCCCCUUGUCAUGGACUCUGAGAACACAGAACCAGUUGAGCCCCUUACCCCCCUUGUCAUGCCCUCAGAGGUGAGCAGAGAGGAACUUUCACUGAAAAGCUCUUGGACUCCAGACCUUGAAAUUACCAGCUCCCAGCCACUGGAUGGUCAGGGAGAAAAACUACUCCACCUUGACUCCUCUGACCCUUCCCAAAGGUCUUACAGGGAUCUCUCCCCUCCAUGCUCAAACUGGGCAGAGGAAGGGCUAGAAGUGUCCCUAGGCAUGGAUGAGGUGUUAUAUCCUGUUCCCAAGGCAGUCAGGGACGUAUCUGCCAACCCUGAACUGCUGGACCCAUUUCCUGGCAGUUCUGAAGAUGAAGAGAUUGACGUGGUAGACUGGACAGUGGAGGGGAAGCUGGAGCCAACUAGUGUUCCUUCUGUCUGGCCUGACCCUUCCUCUGAGUCAGAAACAGAGGUAGAUAUACUGACAUAGUGGAGGCAGGAGGGUGGGGUAGAGCCCCUCAGAGGGUGACACCUGUUGACCAGCAAAAGGCUUUCUUGGCAGCAAAGGAAGCACAUCUCCUCUCAGCACUGAGCCCCCUCCUCAGACUUAUGCGCCAGGCAUAAGCCAAAUAAAUAGCAGUACCAUGAGCAGGAAAUUAGGAACUUGAGCUAUCUAUUUGUAAUCCAUUUUUCACUGACAAUAAUAAACUGUGGUCUCCAACUGUAUUAAGUCAUAAGAAUAGUU